AAGCAGACAGGAAAGAAAAGGACAUCUCAUUGCCUCAGAGUAGAGCCGGUUAUGACAGUCUGACAAACGGAGGCUGACAGGAGAAGAGGCAUCUCUGAUCGUCCCGAUGAGUUGGUGACAGACUCAAAGAGGAAGAACAACCAAAAACCUUCCCUGUUCCUCUCUUUCUCUCAUUCUGUCUUUCUUCUUUUCCAUGCUGUCAUUGCUUUCAUGGAAAGAGAGGAGACAGCAAAGGACAGAGCCUUGAACUCAAAGCUGUGAUGGACACCAAAGCAGUGUUUGCGGCGCUGUACAGCGUCUGCGAAGAGAAUGCCGAGUUCUUCUCUGGAGGAUCCAAAGGGUCGCAGGGUGAUGCGGCGCGGCGUCUGGUGGACACCAUGAAGCUGAUCAAGGAGCACGCUCGCAGUCUGGAGCCCAUUAUCUCCGGCUUCACUCUGGUUUACCAUCAUUUUGACUUUGACCCACACAUACCGGCCAACGGCUAUCGCUCACUGGUCAAGGUGGUGCGCUGCUGUCUUCUCCACAUCAUCCAGAAAGGGCGCUAUAUCACCGCCAACCGGCGCAGCAUCUUCUUUCGAGUGGCACACAACGCCGGGGAGAUGGAGGCGUACUGCAACGCUCUGUGCCAGCUGCGCGCCCUGCUCUACCUGGCUCAGCGCAUGCUCCACGACAACAGCCACGGCAACCUCUUUUUCCAGGAUGAAAGCGGCCUCAGUGAGAGCUUUGUACGUGAAUACUCAUCCAUGCACAAGGGGUGCUUCUAUGGCCGUUGCCUUGGCUUCCAGUUCAGCCCAGCCAUCCGGCCGUGUCUCCAGACCAUCGCUAUCGGCCUCGUGGCCUUUGGAGAAAACUACAAACGCCAUCAGUCAGGAAUAGGUGUAGCAGCCAGCUCUUUCUUCACCUCAGGGAAGUACGCCAUCGACCCGGAGCUGAGAGGGGCAGAGUUUGAACGCAUCACCCAGAACCUGGACGUCCAUUUCUGGAAGAGCUUCUGGAACAUCACUGAGACCGAAGUCCUGUCGAGUCUUGCCAGUAUGACAUCCACUCAAGUUAAGGUGAACCGGGCUCUCUCUGUGCCCCCCGUGCCCUUUGACCUCCCCCUGGCGGCUAACCCAGGAGCAACUGUAACCAUAGCUCCCCCAUCAGCGCACAUCGGCCCCGCUCCGGUUCAGAUGAGGCUCAUCUCCUAUGACUUGCGUGAAGGACAGGACUGCGAGGCUCUGCUGUCUCUUGCCCGUUCAGAAGGUGGCACCAUCUCUUUGUCGCUGGGGAAGACUAAGCGCCUCCCCCCGUCUUCCUGCAUCCUGAUCCACUUCCACGGAGGAGGAUUUGUGGCCCAGACCUCCAAAUCCCAUGAGCCUUACCUGAAGAGCUGGUCCCAGGAUCUUGGUGCCCCCAUUUUGUCCAUCGACUACUCUCUGGCCCCUGAGGCCCCCUUCCCACGGGCCCUUGAGGAGUGUUUCUAUGCCUACUGCUGGGCUCUGAAAAACCACCACCUUCUAGGCUGGACCGGGGAGAAAGUGUGUCUGGCUGGUGACAGUGCGGGAGGCAACUUGUGUGUGACAACCUCGAUGCGCGCUGCUGCCUUUGGUGUGCGGAUGCCAGAUGGCCUCGUGGCAGUGUACCCGGCCACCCUGCUGACCGCCUACGCCUCGCCCUCCCGUCUGCUCACACUUAUGGAUCCCCUGCUGCCGCUCAGCGUGCUCUCCAGGUGUCUGAGCGCCUACGCAGGCAAUGAGCCACACACAGAGGCGCAGGUAGAGAAGGUGAGCACGUUGAGCCUAAUGAGGAGAGAUACGGCUCUGAUGCUCAGAGAUUUCCAACAGGGAGCCUCCAACUGGAUCCACUCUAUGCUGGAUUCCAACCGAGCCGCAGCAUCCCCCAGCACGGAUGCAGAGGAGGCGCCACCAAGAGCCGCUGACACAGUGAGGAAGAGCAUUUCAGAGGCGACCUUCUCCUCUCCUCACGCUGACCCCCCUGUCGCCUCAGAGACCUCCGACUUCCACUCCAGGAAAUUAUCUGUGAAGAGCCAGACCUGCCAGGAGUUGGGAUCCCUCAACGAUUCCACUUCUCACAGUGCAGCGCCGCUCCCUGAGAGCACUCCAGAAGAUGUGAAUGUAUUCUUUUCCAAGGAAGUAGAUCACUCCAUGUCGAGGACCCUGUUUGCAGUGGCCAUACCUCCCCCUGCUGGAGAGGAGGGGUCAGAGCUGGAGCACCGCAGGGAGUAUCCCCUGGGCUUUGAGCCCCUGCGCUCAGCGCAGCUAGCCACUAUGACGGUGGACACCUCGCCAGUGGUUAAAGAUCCCUUCUGCUCUCCUCUGCUGGCUCCUGACAGCAUGCUGAAAGGGCUGCCCCCUGUGCACAUAGUGGCGUGUGCGUUAGACCCCAUGCUGGAUGACUCUGUGAUGUUUGCCAAGCGUUUGAGGAACGUAGACCAGCCCGUCACUCUGUGCGUGGUGGACGACCUCCCCCACGGCUUCCUCAGCCUGUCCCAGCUCUGCCGGGAGACCAAGGAGGCAGCAAACGUCUGCGUGGAGAGAAUUCGCACCGUCUUCACCCAGAAGGACACCCCCCCCGAGCCACGCAAGCACCGCAAGCUGGAACGGACCGAUAGGGGUGUGUCCGCCUCUUCUGGGGAUGCCGGUCCUCUCUUUGCCAAUCCCAUUGAGGAAGGGGAGCUUGCUGUCAGGGCUAAAAUGGCAGAUGGGGAGGGCUUAGUUGCUGUGGCAGCCCAGAACAACACUGAGGCUGUUGUUAUCGAGCCUUAAGUGAGGUUAGAUUAAGGACUGCAGAUCACCCGGGGAGCGAAGACGCAGAGAGAGUAAAUGAAAGUCAGACGAAUUUAGGCAGUGUGAUGCCUAAAAGGCAGAGAGAAAGGCGUCCUAAAAAACAGAAAGGGGGACGGAGGGGGGGCCAAAUCUACAUGAUUUCCCAGUUUCUUAAAGACAAAAAAAGGGGAGGAGCCCUAAAACAAGACUCCCUCUGCUUUGCAAUUCUUGCCACUUGUCUGUGCCGCAUUAUGCGCAGAGCAAAGCUGGCAGACCAAAUGAAAACACCCACAAAAGAAAGUCAUGUUUUCUAAUAUAAUUUACCAGCUACUUAGAUCAAAGACCAGCACUCACCCACACAUGCAGCGCACAUACUUAACAGAGGGCCGUCGGCGGGGAAAGACCAGGACAUAAAGCAGCGCAGAUACUCAAGACGAGGCCUGAAUGGGCGAUUCAUCUCAGCCAAGGCAGUCAUUUAAUGCACUAAUCAAAUAGUGGUAGGCACACUAAAUGCUUCUGUGUAGAGUCAUCCCCAUCAAAAUGGCCACUUGUCCUUUAGGGAGCCACUCUAAAUCACACUUAAUAACUCCACAUUGUGUCCUCCAUUACGCCUGUUUGGAAGUCAAUACAGCUCCCUUUGUGGAGAGUUACUCUGUUGACUCUACCAAUCACAAUGCUCAAACAACAGACUGAAAGCUAAACUGGAUUUGUUGAUUCACUUUGUUUUCUUGAGAUUCUGUUGCACUUAUAUGCAGUAGUAUUCAUUUUGUUAUUUAUAUUUUUGUAUUGCUGUAUGUUAAUCCUUGAAUCAUUACAGGUUUUUUUGUUGGUUUGUACACUAUAUUGUUAUUUUAAUGUACUCGUAUGCUGUUUGAAUGUGCUCCAUAUUCACCCCUUCCUCCUUUGGCACAGCUGCUCAGACAUCCCUGUCCUUUCCAAUUGCAUGUGUACCCUCCUCUAGUGCAUGUUAACAGGAUAAUAGGUGGACGUUAAGGCAGAAUAUUACACAGCGGGCUCUCUAGAUGCUGCCUGGUGCUUUUUGUAGUGUUGGUAUUGCUGCAGGUCUAUUCAUUUCUACGGUGACAUUUGUGUAGAUGCACUGAUUAUUUCCUGAAGUCGUCGUUUUAAUAUUUGGGUCCCAUCUUCUGGAAGACUGGUAAGAACAAUCAUGGCUCUGAUAUGUCUAAAAGACCCAAAGGUUGUUUUUGUUUUUGAGACUGGAAAGCGUUUCUCAGAGGUAUAGUUAGGAGGGAAAAGGGGCAGCAAAAAGCCCGGCCCCUCAGCUAUCAAUACACAUUUUAAACUCCACUGCACUGAUUUCCUCUCAGAUUGUCCCUGUUACUCACCAGGCGUUUUUGCUCACUUCUACUCCGCACAGUAUGCAGUGUGUCAAAGUACCACGUCUCUUGAAGCGGGGGAUUUCCUGCCUGAAAAUUGGUUUCUACAAUUUGGAGGCUCUCAGGAAAAACUUAAGUAAAAAAAAAAAGAAGAGAAAAACAGAUUGCAGGAAGGCUGUGUAAAAGCCACUAAACUUGUGUUUGGCCUACUGAGAGCGGCUGGGGGGGGGCCUGGUGCUUUUCCUCCGCACAAUUACAUUUGGGGUUAACUUGGAUUUCAUUUAGCUGAGGGUACUCCUCUGAGCUUUUUUGCCACCGAAGCACUUUGAAGCACACAAAAAUGUCCUUCUGAGGGUCAAUCCCCUCGAUCAGGUCCAACUAUAUAUAGAUGCCAACAAUGCUGGCUCCGUCCUGCCCUUGCCUGGUAGCAGGGCCAGGUUUGCCAGGUCUGUGUAGAAGGAUGCUGUGUGAUGAAUAGGAUUUAGCUGGAGUUCCAACUGCAAACUCCUCCCCCGUAGAAGAAGAGCAGGAUUUUCAGCAGAGAAGUCAUGCUACAGGAUUAGACCAUGCUUGGAUCGGUCAGCUCCCAGUACUUACUGCAAUAUUUCUAGUCAGAAAAGGAAGAAAGUAAUGCACCUGUUCACUCUGAGACACCAGGCUGAAGUUGUACUACAAUUUUUCAUUAGUUUGCAGUUCUGUGUAAGUGUAUUUUAGGUUACAUGUGACUGUCUUGUUUUAUGUCUUUGCUUGGUGCCUGUAUGUGUGACUCGGGUGGAGUCUACAUGUACACAUGAUCAUACUAGUCUCUGGUGUGUGUGGGAGACGUGAGCUCACACGUCGGUGCGUCCUCUGUGUCCUCUGUUCACAUUAUGACACAAAUGGCACUUUACUAAUGGUCAAAAGACCAUUCAAAGUAUUACUCAUUAAUCAUCUUCUGUUGAGAAAACUUCAAGACACUUUUGGACUAUGUUUUGUGUCCGCGAUGUUCUGUACACCAACAUGACUUCCUCAUCAGUCCUGAAAACUCCACCGCCUAUGAAGCCUAGCACGGUUGACCGGCUAUUAGCACUUUGUUGUAUAACGUUUAUGAGCUACUAGAGCACUUUUUAAAAAGUGUGUCAGUUUCCACUUGCCGUUUAUAGACCUCCAUAUGCCUCUUACCCUUAAUGACCACUCAUGCAUCCGGCUGAGCUGACUGCAGAGGAUGCAUCAGAACAACAAUGCUGUUUUGGAGGAAAAUGUUUGUAGUGUUACCUAUUUUUUAAAGUUUUCCCAUUCCUGGCAGUGUUCUCGAUUCAUAGUCAAAUUGCUGAUAGUUCAUAUAUAUUGUAAUCACAAAUUGUCCUUGUAAAAACAAUCUAGUUGUAGUGGUCAGUGUAAUGCUGCUUUUUGUCUUUUACUUGUUUGAUAAUCAGGUUGAACAACGUACCUCCACGGUUUUACCUUUUUUUUUAAAAAGCUCUUAUGUGAGAUUUUCUUUGCCCCUGGCUGUGUUUAUUUUAAAAAGUGCAAUGCAGAGUGCAACGCUGCUACACACAUGAGCUCGCUGCUUACAACAUGUACAAGCAAUGCAGUUAACACACCAGCGUCACGUCAUCUUUCACACCCUCCGUCAGAAAUACUGUGAUGCAGUUUAUUGUUGUGCAAUCUAUUGAAUCUACUCAAGGUUGGAUUUCAUAGUUAGCAUACCUACCUUUUAUACCAAAACACUUGCUUUAACCUUCCUGGAAACCUCAUUCUUUCAUAAAUGCAUUAUUGCACUGAUGAUACUGACCUCAACCACUCAGAAAUGUUUCCAAAUGAAAAAUAUUAAUUUGAUCAAUAAGUUACAUAUCUUAAAUAUAUCUCUAUAGCUUCUAAGCAGAACCAAAGACUGCAGCCGGAGUCUCCUAACAGAUGCACUGCUUGCCAUUUAAUGUUUGCUUUUGAUAAAAAUGCAGGUGCUAGUCAGUGCCAUACCAUGGCUGCACUCCAUAUGCAUAUUGCGCCGCACUGUCAAAUGUAAUUCUGAUGUAGGAAAUAUUACCUUUUUUUUAUAUCGUUUAAGAAAACAAGCCAUAGACUGGGGAAAAAAAAAAAGCGUUUUUAAGAUUAUUUGUUUUAUUCAAAACACCACAAGUGCAAACCUGUGAAUAAAAAAAAAGAAAGAAUGUAUAUCAAGCGUUAUGAUUCAUGUAGGUAUCUUUACCUUUGUUGAUCGGAUGAUUGCAGAUUGAUUGACUGCAUGUUCUUUGCAGGUUGCAUACUUCAAUGUUGUGUCUGAUACGCCAGGAGUAGGCUGGUUUCUUCCUUUGUUGAUUUUUAUCUAAAUAAAUAUAUUCUCCCAUGAA